GAGGCAAAGUGUUAACAUAUGGAUUUUUUGAAGAUCAAAAAGUUCAGAAAAUCUCAGAAAGCAGAUGGAGGAAAGGAUCUGGUGAACAAGGACGUGCUAGAGCCUGAGGAACCUAAACCUAACUCUGGCGGUCCUGACCAGUGUAAACCUGUGAAUGCAGAUCCUGUGGCGGAAACUGAGGAUGAUGAUGAUUUUAUUACAAAUGAAGUAAAGAGAAGGCUGAAAGAGUUGAGAAGAAACAGUUUUAUGGUGUUGAUUCCAGAAGAAGAUUCGUGCCCUGAGGAAGGGGAGGAUGAAGAGGACGAAGGAGAGACAAGCUCCAAUGACUGGAGAGAUGUGGAAGCAGAGGGUCAGCAAUGGUGGCGUGGCUUUGAUGCUGUAUAUGAACAGUACUGCGAAAGAAUGCUGUUCUUCGAUCGGAUGAGCACACAGCAGCUUAAUGAAGUUGGCAAAGGUCCACAGUAUCCUUCAACUCCAUCACCAAGAUCUGCAUCAAGGAAGUUGGCAUCUCCCCUUCGUUGUCUUUCCUUAAAAAAAUUUGAAGGUCCUGAUGAUGAGACUGAACAUCUUCAGCAGCCAGAACAUGAUCCCUACCAGGAUAUUGAAACAGCAUAUGUUGGUCAAAUGUGCUUAACUUGGGAGGCACUCCACUGCCAAUUCUCUCAUUUGAGUCACAAGAUAUCUUGGCAACCUGAAAAUCCUACGUGUUACAAUCACAGUGCUCAGCAGUUUCAACAGUUCCAAGUUCUAUUACAAAGGUUUAUUGAAAAUGAGCCGUUUGAGCAGGGCCUCCGGGCCGAAAUUUAUGCUCGAACUCGGAACACUUUGCCUAAACUUCUUCAGGUUCCUAAUAUACAAGGAUCAGAACAUGAAUCCAUAGAUGAAUCAGACUCGAGAGUUCUGGCUCCUGAUCUUGUGAAGAUAAUUGAAAGCUCUAUCCUAACAUUCCACCAGUUCCUGAAGAGGGACAAGAAAAAGUCAGGCGGGGUCAUCAACCUCUUUGGAAAUCAGAGCCAGCUUGCAACUCCUCUACACCAGGUUCAGUCUACUCUUGAGAAGAAAGUGUUGAAGCUGAAGGAAGUGCGUAGAAAGAAGAAAGGGUGGAAAAAGAAUAGUUGGCCGGAGAAGCAUGAGGACAUUCAGCUGUUGCUUGGGCUGAUCGACGUGAAAAUCCUGUCGAGGGUUCUGAGAAUGACGAGGAUGAGCAGAGAACAACUGUUUUGGUGUGAGGAGAAGAUAAAGAAACUGGAUUUUUUAUCAAAUGGUAGGUUAGAGAGGGAUCCGUGUCCAAGCCUCUUCCCUUGCUAGUAAUAGUAAUGGAGACUCUCAUGUAUUAAUUCAUGUAUGUACCAAACCAUUGUUCUGCUAAAAUUGUGAGUAUUGUGUGACAUUUGGUAUAACAUAGUCUUCUUGUUAAGGAGGAUUUCGUCAUUCUUGUUGCUCCUUAGACUUAAUUCAAUCUUACCAUUUUCACUUACAA